GGAUUCGCUUUUCCGGCGGUCAAAUUGAAAAAAAUACUUCAAUGUUUACAUAUUUAUUUUUCGUAAAAAAUAGUUUUCUGUUACAUUUGGAAAAUAAACAUGUCUGUGAGUGGAAUACGCAGUGAAAUUAAACAAAUUAGUAGCCGGAAUGUCAGCUAUCAGAUUGAUCUUAUGGAAUGGAGUAAAAAAAUGGAUCUAAUAGCAAUAAGUACAAAAGGUGAUAUUAUAAUACACAGAUUCAAAUGGCAAAAAGUCUGGACUUUCCCGGCACCUUCUGACAAUCUUGUCCCUCGAACAAUAGCUUGGCGAAAUGACGAGAAAUUAAUAGCAGUCGGUUACAACAAUGGAUUAGUGGUUCUUUUAGACAUCGAAAACAAAGAAGAGAUUUAUUCGUUUCAUUUAAAUUGUGAUAUAACAUGUAUGAUCUGGACCAACUGUCGCAAACCGAUAAUCAAUUCGGACAACAAACAAAAUCAAAGCUGCCAAGACCAUUCCAGCUUCUUACCUAAAUAUCCAAGCUUAAGUUUAUUAUCGUCGACCACAAAAAAAACAGAUUACAAUACUUUAAAAUUUUACUCGAAAGAUACAAUGAACAUUUUGGUGACGGCACUAACUAAUGCCUCAGUUAACUUAUCCAUUUUUGGAAUGAUUACAUGUGCUAACCUGGAUUUGUUAAAAUUUUUUCCGCAUGAAGAAAGCAUAGAAAUUCAGGACUUAUUGAUGAGUGAUAGUCUGAAACAGUUAUUUGUUGUAGUAAAAAUGCGUCAUACAUCACAUGUGCUUAUAUUUGAAAACGAUAUGUUAUUCAAAUAUUCUGUAUCAUUGUUGAAAAUUGCAACACAACAUGGACUAAUCAAAAAUAAUCUUUGUUACAUUCACGACACUAUACAGGUCAUAACUGAAGCAUGGGAAACCAUACUUUUAGAAAUGGAUAACAAAUUAAUUAAAUUCGCUGAUUCACAAUCGACAGGUAGCCUCUCAGCAGACUUUUUAGAAUUACUGAUGUUCGGUUACCCUCCUACUACAGCAUUGUAUACAUUUCUUACGAAGGAUUUGACGGAAAAAGGUUUAAAGAAACUUGCAAACAGUAUUGAGCUUAGUUAUUCAACUAUACAAAAAUUAGUUAUUAAGCCACUAACGACAUCAGUUAUGAAUGUUUUGUAUCAUCUAAGUACUUUAAAAGGAAUGAAUAAAACCAAGUACUUUUAUGCGAUCCUUUUAAAUGAAAAUGUAGAUAAUGCAGUUUCCAGUGCGGGAUCACUUUUAAUUAAAACAAAUGAACUUCAACAAACUAUUGAAACGUCUAUGAGAGACUAUAAAAUAUUUUUUAGAUGGUUAUAUGCAGUGAUUGUUCGUCUAAUGGAUGAAUCGGUUCCUGAUGAUAUCGCAGCCGUUAGACAGCAAGAGAUCAAUUAUCUGGCAGAAUUUUUGAAACAACUAGAUGGUAUAAAUGAAAAAAUAGAUAAUGAAGAUGUGUUACGGAGAAAAUUUAAUUUGGAACGUGUAGGUCAAUAUUUAGAAGACAAAAAUUUGGUUUUUCCAAUUGCAGACGAUUGUCCAAAGUCAUGGAGCUUUCUUCUGAAAACGAAUGAUUGCUUAAAAAAUUGUCCAUUUAUGUUUCCGCAUGACAAAGAGCUCUCAUUGGUUCAACAGUUUAAAAAGUUAUCGGAAAAAAUUGAAGCAGCUUUUAAUCAUCUUCAAAUUGGUAUAAGCAAGAACUUUGAGCUAUGUUAUCAUAUUGAAAGUCCAGUUACUGAUAUUCUUCAUACUAAUUUUGAAAUCAGCUCGACAAGUAUUUACAUUGAUACUGAAAAUGUCGUACUGUUUGUUGUGCUUGACAGUAAAAAAGAAUUGACCUUUUUUGAGAUCGAUAGAAGCUUUUGUGUCAAAUCAGUGAAAGUUACCCUACAAGGAUCAUUUUUAUUUCAACAUAUCAAAUUUUACAAUGAAAAUACAAUUUCAAUACUUUUAACUGACAACAAUCCUUCCGAAAAAACAACACAAUUUCUUCAAUUUCCAGUUAUUAAAUUAAGAGAAACUGCUCUCAUAUAUUCAAAUGGUGAUGCAAUGAGGAUAGUUAACUUAUUCGAAAUAGUAGACGAGAGUAUGAUGAAGCAAAUAGAUGGAAUCUAUGGGAUAAAAAUAGCUGUCUCUGGCCCUCGAAAAGUGUCUUCAAUUUUGUCUGAUACAAAAAAAUCAAUCAAAAUAUUUGAAAUGGAGAUAGAUGAAGAUGAAGAGGAUCUUCUGGAAACAUCUUCACAUAAUGCGAGUACAGAGGUUUUUCAGAACAUUUAAGGACGAUAAAUAAUCAAUGAUUUAUUAUUAUUGUUUUUCGCACUUUUUUCGUUUAAAAAAAAAAGUUCUAAUUCUAUUAUGCACAGUCUAUUAUGCAAUUUCAAAGAUAGUUUCUUUACAUUAUAUUAUGUGUAUUUAUUUAUUAUUUUUUUUUUUUGUAAAUGAAUAAACUUGGAUCAAGAAAAAAAA